AUGGCCUAUCGGAGAUCUUAUUCUCUCUCACUCCCCAUUGGCCUCCUGUCUCUCUUCCUCAUCAUUAAUUUCGUCCAUCUAGCUGCCAUUCCUUCCGCAUCCGCUGCCGCCACCACCACCAACGUCCGCCUAAGCGUCACCCGAAAACCGUCCAAAAGCCUUCCUGUUUUCCGUGAAGCUCCCGCGUUUCGCAACGGCGAGGAAUGCAAGAAGGAUCUCAUCCAUGUAGCCAUGACCCUCGACGCAAAUUACCUUCGUGGGACGGUUGCAGCCGUUUUAUCAAUCCUACAACACUCGUUUUGUCCCGAAAACAUCUUCUUUCAUUUCCUAUGGUCUCAUUACGACAAAGAAAUCUACAACAACAUCAAAAACACAUUCCCUUACCUCCGGUUCAAGGUAUACCGAUUCGACACGAAUAGGGUUAGCGGGAAAAUAUCAAAAUCCAUCCGUCAAGCGCUCGACCAACCGUUGAACUAUGCAAGAAUCUAUCUCGCAGACAUUUUACCAAUGAAUGUGAACCGCGUGAUCUACUUGGAUUCUGAUAUUGUGGUGGUUGAUGACAUCGAGAAGCUGUGGAAGGUUGAUUUGGAAGGGAAGGUACUCGCGGCACCGGAGUAUUGUCAGGCGAACUUCAAGCGGUAUUUCACGGAUGAUUUCUGGGCGGACCCAGAACUCAGUAACACGUUUAAGGGUCGGAAUCCGUGUUAUUUUAACACCGGGGUGAUGGUUGUGGAUAUUCAAAAAUGGAGGGAGGGAGGGUAUUCAUACAAAGUUGAAGAAUGGAUGACAAUUCAAAAGCAAAAGAGGAUAUAUCAUUUGGGUUCAUUGCCACCAUUUUUGUUGGUUUUCGCUGGCCACAUUAAAGGAAUUGACCAUAGAUGGAACCAACAUGGGUUAGGUGGUGACAACAUUGAAGGAAAAUGUAGGGGUUUGCACCCGGGUCCAAUUAGCUUGCUUCAUUGGAGCGGAAAAGGUAAACCAUGGUUGCGGUUAGACUCGAGGAAGCCUUGUCCCGUUGAUCACUUGUGGGCACCUUACGAUCUUUAUCUCUCCAAGAAACCGAUCCUCGAUGAAUAA